AUUGACAAAGCAAAUUCAGUUUUCAGUGGUGUGUCAGUCGGAGAGAAGUCAGCUUGAUAACAUUUCUAACAUGGCAGAAGACAACUACAGAGGAAGAGUUGCUAGAGACAACAAAACAGCCACCGACAGUGCGGCAUACAUGGAAAACCUCACGGAGACUGAUGCCUUCAUCAGCAGCUCUUUAGGGUUAGAUCCUGCAGAGGAGUACAAAAUGAACAACAAAAGACGAGGCCUUGCACUCAUCUUCAACCAGGAGCGCUUUUAUUGGCGCUUGGGGUUAAAUGACAGACAUGGAACUAACGCUGAUCGCUACAACUUAGAGAAAAGACUGAUUGACCUAAACUUUGAUGUGAGGUGUUAUGAGAACUACAAACAAGUAGAAGUCUUGGAUAAAAUAAAUGAGGCUGCAGAAGCCAACCAUUCAGACACAGACUGUUUUCUACUCAUCUUUUUGAGCCAUGGUGAAAACGAUCACGUGUACACCUACGAUGGAAAGAUCAGCAUUCAGGACAUCACAGCCCUGUUUAAAGGAGACAAGUGCCCGAGCCUUGUAGGAAAGCCAAAGAUCUUUAUACUACAGGCGUGCCGCGGAGACAGGCAUGAUGAUCCAGUGAUGGCUUGUGACGCUGUGGACAGUGAGUUGAAGACAAAUGAGGUGGUGGUGGAUGCCAGUGCUGUGCACACCCUCCCUGCUGGAGCUGAUUUCAUCAUGUGCUACUCUGUGGCAGAAGGUUACUAUUCCCACAGGGAGACCCUCAACGGCUCCUGGUAUGUCCAGGAUCUGUGUGAGCUGCUUCAGAAGUAUGGGGAGUCCCUUGAAUUCACAGAGCUACUCACCCUGGUGAACAGGAAAGUGUCCAUGAGAAGUGUAGGGAACAGUAGUGACAAGUCUUCCAUUGGGAAGAAGCAAGUACCAUGCUUUGCUUCAAUGCUUACCAAGAAGCUCUACUUUAGACCCAAAAAGGAAUAGCUCGACACUUUCCAAAAAGUCAGAACGAGCUGCUUUUCUUUAAAUUACUUUGAUUUUUAAAAGUCUUUUUUUAGUCCUAUAAUGUGUAUUUUUCCAUGAACACCACUCAGUAAAACACACCUGAUCACAUUUGCAUUGAACAAUCAGGUACAUAACAGGAACAACCUUAUACUCAUGCACAGAAGUAAUCUGUAUGUUCCCAGCCUUAGGUGACCAGUUUAUGCCUGACCAGAUUUAGUUUCUUCUGGGGGAACCAUAUAUCCUGCCCCUGAAGAAAACUUCCUCCGGAGAAUGUGUGGUUUUUACAUUUGUAUGAAAGAGAAUGAACUCAGGGAUAGUAUCAGUGGCAGCAUCAAGAGGAGAGUGAUGCAGUAUCAGAUGUACUGGUUUAUCUCACCUCACUGAAUCUGGUUUGACAUGCUUGUCUGGUUUCUUGUGUGAAUGAAUAAUGCAAACAUUAAGUAGACAUCCUAAUGCAGUCUAAUACAUUCACAGCUGAGCUGAAUUCAAAGUUAAAGCAUUUAUAAUGGCUUACCUUGCUCACAUGUAUUAAUUGACUGAAAUGAAAAUAAUGAUGUUAAGCAAGCUCAACUACUUACGAGGAAUCCCUGUGAAAAAUGCCAAAGUUUAACCUCAGCACAGGUGGGCGUAAGACAAACACCUCUCCUAUUCAAUAAAACAUGAACCUUCAGGGGGAAGAGCAGACUGUUGUUGAGAUGGGAUGCUUUAGGAUCGAGGAGGCUCAACAUCCCAGCUAAGAAAUGUCCUUGAAUAGAACUAAAUGUAUAAUUAAAUAAAAGUCUAUUUCCCAGUGUCUACUAAAAUUGUUUGAAAUCUAGAAUAACCAAAUUGGCUCUAGAAGUAAAUUAUGAGUCUUACUCAGAAUUGAAAACUGACUGAUAAGCCUGUAGUUUAAAUUCUGCUUAUCUGUGUGUUUGAUUUUUUGAUUUGAUUUGAUGUCUUUAUUUUGAACAUGUUAAAGUAGAAAGUGUUCACACAAAACAAAGGUAAUUAUUUAAACCAUAAUUUAUUGUGUUUUUGUAUUGGAUUGCAUUAUGAUUUGAGGUGUUCCUGUUAUUAUUUCCAACUCUUAUAGAUCAGCACAUAUUUUGCACUCUUAUGAGAAUUGAAUUGAUUAAGGACCAGCUCCUAAAUCUAUAUUAGCCUUUUUGUCAGAUUUUGUUUGCUUAUUUGAUCCCAUUUUAUCUACUUUGGUACAAAAAACACUCCAGUAUCCUUAAGCUUACUUUUGUUUCUUAAAAAGUCUAAGAAGACUGCACAAGCUGAAAUUUCUAGUGACCUUGCACAGGGAAGCUUUCCUCAUGCUAAAUUUUGAUGUUGCUAGAUGUCAGGUGAGUCUAGUUUUCUUGAGUGUAAAUAAAGUUGCAGACACAUUCAAAGCCAGACAAUUACAUUCCUACUUAAUGAAUCUUUAGAGGUACAUAGCAACUAUAGUAAUGAUUGAAUAUUUCUGUAAGUGUUCAUGAUUAAGUAGUAUCUCUUAUAAAGAUUAUCAAGGCACUGCACAUAUGCUGUUGAGUCUUAAAAAUCACUCCACCAAAAAGGGAAUUCAUGUUUGUGCUGUUCUUUGAGUUGUGGCAAUUAACAGUAACAAAUAUGAUCAUGCGUAUUUGCACCAAAAAUGGCAACAAACACCAGUUGGAAAGUACCUCAGGGAGGAGGCGGGGUGUUUCUAAAGCUGUACUGUAUACUGUGUCACAUGAUCUGACUCAGGAAAAACAAAGCCACCAGCAUACAUUGAUCCUGUAUUUUUGUGGUCCUACUGUUGUUAUUACAAUAAAAUCUGUCUGACAUUUUA